AUGGGAGAAGGCAACCAGUCCUCCAACCUGGAUUUCAUCCUCCUGGGAGUUAGUGGUCAGAAGGAACAGGAAAACCUCUUCUUCACCCUCCUCCUAUUCAUUUACCCCAUCACACUGAUGGGAAACCUGCUCAUCAUCCUGGCCAUUCACUGUGACGUUCGCCUUCACAACCCCAUGUAUUUUCUCCUGGUCAGCCUCUCCUUUGUCGACAUCUUCUUCUCCUCUGUAACCAUCCCAAAGGCUCUCGCCAACCAUCUCUUAGGUACCAAAGCCAUCUCCUUUGGGGAAUGCCUAACACAGAUGUAUUUCAUGCUGGCCUUGGUGAACACAGAUAGCUACAUCCUGGCUGCUAUGGCAUAUGAUCGUGCCGUGGCCAUCACCCGCCCACUUCAUUACACAACAGUCAUGAGCCCACGGGCUUGUGUCCUCUUAGUUGUUGGGUCUUGGGUGAUGGGAAAUGCCAAUGCUGUCCCCCACACUCUGCUCACGGCUCGUCUGUCCUUCUGUGCAAACAAGGAAGUGGCCAACUUCUACUGUGACCUUGCCUCUUUGCUCAAGCUGUCCUGUUCCGACAUCCACUUCAAUGUGAAGAUGAUGUACCUAGGGGCUAGUGUUUUCUCCGUGCCAUUACUAUGCAUCGUCAUCUCCUAUGUUCAGGUCUUUUCCACGGUCUUACGUGUUCCUUCCACCAAGGGUGUGCGCAAAGCCUUCUCCACCUGUGGGUCCCACCUCACAGUUGUUUCUCUGUAUUAUGGGACAGUCAUGGGCAUGUACUUCCGCCCUCUGACGAGUCACAGCCCAAAGGAUGCAAUGAUAACUGUGAUGUACACUGCCGUGACCCCGAUGGUAAAUCCUUUCAUCUACAGUCUGAGGAAUAGAGACAUGAAGGCUGCUCUGGGGAAACUCUUUAGCAAGAGAAUCUCCUCAUGACCAAUGUGAGGUCAUAUUAGAGACUGCAGGUUCCAAUUAGGAUACCAUCAAUAUCGAGCCCUAAUGUCCUCCCCCUCCAAGAAGCCACCUUAUUAUUUACAGCCAUGAAAUUCCCCUUCUCAGAAAUCUUGUGAAUUGGAUGCAAACAACUCAUGCAGCACAAUAUACAAAAAAAAAUUUUUUUUAAUAGGCAGAAGACCUAAAGAGACAUUUCUCUAAAGAACUCAUAUGGAUGGCAAAAACAAACAAACAAACAAAC